AUGAGGGUGAUGAAAACCAAAACAGCAGCUGUAUGAAAGCCUCCUCUCGCCCACACGCGGCUUUUCCCCGUGACUGAUGCUCGCCUCGGAUUUGAUCUGACGGAGGCAAAACAAACAUUUCCUCUCGCCGUAUUUUAGUCUCUAAUGAAAGCUCAGAACCUCUGCUUGCUGCUCGCUUUGUUUCGACUGUGACAAACUAUUUUACUGCUCCAGUUUCGCCCCAAAUGUGAGAGAAGAAAACACACGCGCGAGCGGCUCGUGGACGCGCACAGACGCGGAGCGGGCAGGUUGAGUCUACGAGGUUCUCAUGUGUUGUUUAAGAGCGCAGCGCCGCGCGAGCGCUAUUCAUUGCUGAAAGCAGACAGCGUUUGAGAGACUCGAUCCGAUCAGAGAGAGAUGGCAGAAACCGCCCCAGCCCCGGCUGCUGCCGCCCCGGCCAAAGCGCCCAAGAAGAAGUCCGCUGCGAAAGCCAAGAAAGCAGGUCCAGGCGUCGGUGAGCUCAUCGUCAAAACUGUGAGCGCGUCCAAGGAGAGGAGCGGCGUGUCCCUCGCCGCCCUGAAGAAAGCUCUCGCUGCCAGCGGCUACGACGUGGAGAAGAACAACUCCCGCGUCAAGAUCGCCAUCAAGAGCCUGGUGACUAAAGGCACCCUGGUGCAGGUCAAAGGGACCGGCGCCUCGGGCUCAUUCAAGCUCAACAAGCAGCAAGCCGAGACCAAGAAGAAGCCGGCCAAGAAAGCGGCUCCUAAAGCAAAGAAGCCCGCGGCCAAGAAACCCGCUGCGGCCAAGAAGCCCAAGAGCGCCGCGGCAAAGAAGCCCGCCGCUAAGAAAUCGCCCAAGAAGGCCAAGAAAUCCGCCGCCACCGCCGCUAAGAAGGCCACGAAGAGCCCCAAGAAGGCGAAGAAGCCAGCAGCCGCUAAGAAAGCAGCCAAGAGCCCCAAAAAGGCCAAGGCGGCAAAGCCUAAAGCCGCCAAGCCUAAAAAGGCAGCUCCCAAAAAGAAGUAAAA